UGCUUCUUGCACUCUGAAUCACAAAGCUGAAAGAGAGUGUUGGUGGCUCACUGGCACAGAGAGACAGAGAUUUGCACCGAAAAUCGUCACCUGAAGCACAGCAGCCACAGAGGGGCAUGGCAUUUGCAGGGAUGCUGAGUGAGGAGGACAUCAAGGCUGCGGUCCAGGCUUGUCAAGCUCCAGGCACAUUCAAAUUCAGGUCCUUCUUUGCACAAGUGGGACUCACCGGCUCAUCUGAGGCGGAUAGAAAGAAAGUCUUUAAAGUCCUGGACCAAGACAAGAGUGGAUACAUUGAGGAAGAGGAGCUAAAACUUUUCCUUCAGAAUUUCUCUCCAGGGACAAGGGAGCUGACUGUGGCUGAGACCAAGACUCUUUUGGCUGCAGGCGAUAAGGAUGGUGAUGGCAAGAUUGGGAUGGAAGAAUUCUGCGAUCUCCUGAAAUUCAGAGAAUGACCACAUGUGGCGACAGCUGGCUUUCCUUAUGUUGAAGAAUGACGUUUUUUAAUGGAAAUCCCGACAUUGCAGACGGUGUGAUGUAAAGAACCUCAGAUAUAAUGUAAUGUAAUGUCGGCUGUUUCCCUUGUUGAUGUGAUACAGUGAUGCACAAUAUGUUUGGCAGACAUAAAGAUGGACGUAAAAUGUGUUUGUAUUUCAAGUAUGUGGUAUGAAUUAUUAAUAAAUGUGUUUAUUACUGUCUGUUUACGUUGUCCCACUGUAAUGGAAAAUACAUAAUAAGAGUGCCCAUAGAUUGUCAAUGACAGUGUACCGUAGAUGUUCACAGUUUCAAUUUCAACUGAAAUCUGAUAAUUAUAACUGUUUAAUAGUAACUGUUUCUGCUGUUCGAGAUGACUCGCACCACAAGAAGGAAGCUUGCGCAUGACACUGUUCAAGUCAGCUGUUCACUAAUAUCCACAUGACACUCAUGGACAGAGCACAAUGGAGCUGAAGAAACAUCAUUUUGAGUCAGUGCUACAGAGCAGUUUAUGUAUUUAAAUCGCAGCAAUGGGAAAAUAAAAUUGACCAAUUUAA